AUGGCAAAUGAGAUUGUUGGAAAUAAGUUGUUACUUCCUGACUUGUUUUGUUGUGUUAAUCUACGUGCAUUAGGUCUCAAAUGGGUCUCAUCAGCAGGAGCCUAUCUCCCAACAAAGGAAUCCAAUCCUGGUCUGACUGCCCGGGUGGAAGCUUUGUGGGAGCGAAUGAAUAAGGGAAUACAUAAUAAAACUGCCACACCCUUCGUAGACAAGCAUAAUUCGGCUGUGAAUAUAACUGCAGAGAAGAAGUCUGAUAAUUGGAUGAGAUAUUUGGGCCUGGUGCCUAAGGAGGCAACAUCCUCUGGGCUGGAGAGACAACAGCAGGGAACUGGUGUGAUUCAGCUUGGCACCAGUGAUGAAGAGAAGAAAGUUACUGCUUUGUGGGAGCAAAUGAAUAGAGGAGUAUCUAAUAAGACUCUCAAGCCAUCUUCAAAUAAGACUGGUCCAACUGUAGAUAAUAUAACUUCAGAAAGACCAUCUGAUAAUUGGAGGUCAUAUCUUGGCCUGUCCCCCAAGAGGGCUAGAACCCUUGAGGAAGAUGCAUUGCAGAAGGGACCAAGUGAUGUGCAGAAUGGCACCAGUGACGAGGCCAAGAGACUUGCUGCUGCUGCUCUUGCAGCAGUUAAGGAUGCUCCAGUUGCUGCAUCAAAUAGGGGUAAAAGUGAGAUUACAGAGGUUCGGGACUUUGCAGGACAAGAAAUUGAAUACAAGAAGCUUGUUGAUGCGGACUCAAAGGAAGCAUUUGAAAAGAUCAAAGCUCCUGCAGCUUCUGCUGUUGAUGCUGUCUUAGAGCAAAUUAAGAAGAAACAAAAGCUCAGUGUCCUUGACAAGACGAAGAAGGAUUGGGGAGAAUACAAGGAGAACAAGGGAGUGGAAGAGGAGUUGGAUGCUUACAAGAAGGGCUCAAACCAGUACCUGGAAAAAGUAUCCUUCUUGCAACGAGCAGAUGUCCGAGAAUUUGAGAGGGAGAGAGAUGCACGGUUGGCUCAACAAGCCAAGAGGAGAACAGACAUGAGGGAGGAUCCAUGAUUUUGUAAUUGUCCUCCCCCGUGAAAUUGUCAUCGGUGGGAAGGCCAGAAAUUAAGGAAGGAAAAGAAAAUCCGAGUCGAUUGGGGUUGAGAAGUUCCGCAUCUCGCUGAGGUGCAGCCCUGCCACUUAGGAAAAGAGGAUCAGAGGAGGAUCAUCUGAAUAGUAGGUACCUUUUGGUCGUCUACGCACGAUGCUUGGUUUCCUCGUCUGUAUACCCUUACUAUUCUUUAGUCCUGAUGCGGCCCGGCUGCAUAGGCAUGAGGGAUAUUUCAUAUUAAUCACCUCUAUAUUGGUCCACUGGUUAGGAAUAAGAGUGUGCAUUUGUCAAGCACAAAUCCUGCAGGCAGGAGGCUUUGUAAUAAGUUAUUUUUGUGAUGGAUGAAUGAACUAAUGUGUUGCAAGUA